CUCACCACUAAGCUUCUUCAGUGUAUUUCCAUCGGAGCCUAGAGGAAGCAAUGUUCAAUCUGCAACGGCAGAAAGUACUGGAUGAGUGUGUAUGGAAGCCUGGAGAAGGACACCUUCGGUAUAUCGAAGCCCGGACUUUUGCAAAUACAGUAGAUGCACCCACAAGUGAAACUUUUCAGGAGGGAGAUCUAAGCGACCUGGAUGUAGACGACUGGCUACACCAAAGGGGCCGCUUCAUCCGAUCCACCAAUUCCCCAAAAGGAAAGGAAGAAGGUAACAUAAGACUGCUCAUUUGUGAGCGAUUUGGCUUUCAGCCUCUCCAAUUUGGCUUAAGCAAGGCUUCCUUGUUGGCUAUCGAAGAUAAGUUUGGUCUUCCAAUUGAAAUGCUUCCAUUAUUCAAGUUCAAUGGAGGUGGCCACUCUUACUACUUUUGCCGUUCGACUUCUCAUGAUCAAAAACCUGAACAGCUCGUUAUCACAAUCAAAGUUCCACAAAUGUACCAGGUUGCAAAUUACGGCCUGUGCUUGACGCACUCUUUCAAAACACACGUCACAUUCGGCUUCAUGUUCGGCUGGAAUAUGUUCAGCGACAAGCAAUGGAAAGAACAAAUGAGUAUUAUGGAGCGUCCCAGAUAUCUAGAACUUCAUGGUCCCCGGAUUAGCAAGCUCAUAAGAUCAGCAAUUUCUGAUUGGAGGCAUCCAUUGUUAUUACCGGUAAUUCUACUUGAAGACUACGUCUACCAUGCGGAUAAGUACAAAGGAUCCGAUCUUUCCCGGAGAACAACAAAAAUGGAAAAACAACUAGGAGUUACGGUAGCCGGAAGAAACAGUGGCUCUUUAAGUCCAUUAGAUUUUGGAGCCUUGAAUCUUAACAUGGCGCCUGAGAAACGACUCAGGACCAUCACUGAGAUCAACACUCUUGCUACUGAUGCGGCCGCUUUCGCUGGAAACUUAGAAUGGACUAAAAGAUACUGCCAAUUCCUGCGAGAUAUCUCUAAAAAUAUCCAAGGGUUCACCGAAUCGACGCAAGGUAGCAAGCCAAGGCUGGAGAACACUAUUGAGACCUUGUCCAUUCUUGCUAUCUCAAUUUUAGAACACACGCAGGCGAUAAAGGCCAGACUGGAUAUACAAUUCAAUGUGCUGUACAAUAUGGUCGCCCAAAUGGACAGCAACCUCAAUGCAACAAUCGCGGCGACGACAGGGCUUGACAGUGUAGCAAUGAAAGCUCUUGCUUUUGUUACCACUCUCUUUUUGCCUCCAACCUUCAUAGCUACACUGUUCAGUAUGUCAAUGUUCGAUUGGCAGGCUGAAAUCAAGGCAAAAUCAUCAGAUUCAAACGAAGAAACUAAAGUUCUCUCAAGGCAUUUUUGGAUAUAUUGGGUAGCUAGUGUGCCCCUGACAGUUGCAGUGCUUUUGGCUUGGCGUAUAUGGUGGCAUUGGGAAAAAAAUCGUUAUCAACACAAGUACCCUCAUAUCAAGCUGGGUAGCAAGCUCCAAGAUGCAGAUUCGAGUUUUUCCAAUGGAUUGAACAAAAUGAUGUUGAGACGACGAGACAAACUAGAGGACAUCGAAAUAAACUAGACUGGCAUUAAUACCCGCAAUCGCUCCAUCACAGAGAUGAUUCAGCACGAUAUAUAAGUUGCCAAAGAAUUUCUGCUUCCUAUUAAUUUUCAUCAGGCCCUAAAAGCCAUUGUUGACGAGCACCUAUGUCUAUAUCAGUCAUUUUGGAUGUUAUAUAUCGCAAAUAGCCAUACAUAGAUAGGGAGCCAUAGCAAUUGCGUUUCGA